UGCUGCUGUAUUGGGCAUGUCCAGGAUAAGCCCGGUAAUUUUUGCACGUGUAGUGUAGAGUAAAAUUAAAUUAAAAUCGGCAGACGGCAGCAUCAUGUCUCAGGACCCCGAGCAGGGUACCCAAUCCCAAACCCCUCAGACCCAGUCUCUGCCACAGUCCCAGGGCGGCUCCAGCUCCUCGUCUGGACCCACCUCCGGUAGCCAGACGUCGUCCUCCGGCUCUGGCACGUAUAGCUCCGUGGACACCCUCCCGGUGCGAGACCUCGCCUCCAUUCCCGAGGAGGAGCCUGGGCCGCAGCCGUGGGGUCGGCUGCUGCCCAUGAAGACUGGGUUCAGAGUUCAGGACUGUGUGGAGGAGGAGUAUACGUUUGGACGAGGCCGGAAGUGCAGUUACAUAUUCAACGAUCCUAUGAUUGGUGAAUGGAUUAAAUCGUAUAGUAAACUACAUUUCCGUGUAUUCAGGGAGAAUGAUGAUGUUUUCAUCGAAGACCGCAGUGCCAAUGGCACAUUCGUUAAUAAGGAGAAGGUUGGCAUGGAGAAAAAGAUUCCUCUCUUGAAUAAUGCAGAAAUAUCGCUGGCUGAUCCCAGCCAUAAAGUAUUUGUAUUCAUCGAUUUGACAGCAGAUGAGCAAGAGAACCUGCCCAGUGAACUGAAAGCCAAAUACCUCAUGUCAAGGAAGCUUGGUGUGGGAGUUUGUGGAGAAGUGAAGCUGGCGUUUGAGCGAGAUACAUGCAAGAAAGUUGCCAUCAAAGCGAUCAAUAAGCAGAAUUUCAAGUCUAUUGGGACGGCAACGCGGAAUGCUGAGCGAGAAAUUGAGAUCUUGAAAAGAAUAGACCAUCCUUGUCUAAUAAAAACGGAGGCAUUUUUCCAAACAGAAGAUGCGUAUUACAUCGUGUUGGAGCUAAUGGAGGGUGGAGAACUUCUUGAAAGAAUCAAAUCCAGGGGUCAACUGAAGGAGGCCAUUGCCAAGCUAUACUUCUAUCAAAUGCUGAAAGGAGUGCAGUACCUCCAUCAAAAUGACAUCAUACAUCGAGACCUCAAACCAGAAAAUAUUCUGCUUUCAUCUGUCGAGGACGAGUGCCUGAUCAAAAUCACAGAUUUCAACCAGUCAAAGAUCCUGGAGGAGUCCUCGCUGAUGAAGACGCUGUGUGGAACGCCCAACUACCUGGCUCCCGAGGUCUUCCUCAGCGCCACGACCGACGGCUACACCAGCGCAGUGGACUGCUGGAGUCUCGGGGUGCUGCUCUUUGUCUGCCUGGGGGGCUAUCAGCCCUUUCACCCCGAGAUUAGUGAUCUUCCAGUGAGAGACCAAAUUACCCAGGGACUGUACAGGUUCAUCAAGUCGAAGUGGGAAAACGUUUCUGCUCCAGCCAAGAACCUGGUGAAGAGGCUUCUGGUUGUUGACCCCAAGAAACGAUUGACCAUUGAGGGGGCUCUCAAGCACGCUUGGCUACAGGAUGAAGAGAUGAAGAAACUGGCCAAUCAGAUCAUGUUCCCGGACGGUGGAGGUGAUGCUGUUGUUGAGCCACAGCCGCAGGUCCCGCCACCACAGCCUUCACCACCUCCGCAGCCCUCCUCAAGCAGGAGGUCAAGAGAGGAGGAGGAGGAGGAGGAGGGAGCAGGAGAGGGGGCGCAGCAUCCCGCUAAGAGGAAGAGAGAGGAUGCCUAAUCACUGGAUCACGUAUGACUGCCUGGACCUCUCAAGGCAUGUCACGUCACGUGACUUAUUUGUGUACAUAAUGUAUAUUGCCAGAAAUUUGUCUUUUUUAUACAUUCCGUAGCCUUUAUAUGUAGCCUGUUUCUUCGAAUCAUGUUUUUACAAUAAACGGUUCUCUUGA